CGCGGGACGGAGCGUGCACUUUAUGGACAGGAAGCGCGGCGUUAACCUGCCAGGGGCCAGCAGCGUGGUUUGGCUUUUUUAGCCGUUGUUUAUGUUUGUACAUUAACGUGGGAAUCAUUCCGUUGUCUUUUUUGUUUGUUUGUUUGUUUUUUUGGGUUGUUUUUGUUAUGGUUUCCAAGCAUGCGGCGCCCAGGGCGAGACAGGACUCAUGGUCACCCCGAGGACUGAAACUUAAGAGACUUCCUGCGAAAGAGACUCGAUUGCUUGGAAGGACGAUCGCUUGUGGUCGUUGUUUUACUUUGGAACAGCCGUCCCGUGCGUUCAUGGCGCUCGUCUUGGGCAACGUGACAACCAAGGGACGUGAUUCUGGAGCAACGCGACCCCCCCCCCCGGCCUGCGGAGCUCAUCGUUCUGCCGUUGUGUCGACGGCGUUCAUUCUCUCGAUGGAGCCCCUUGGGGGUGGUGAUGUAAGGAAAAGCAGGAUGCAUCAUGGGAUUGUGCAGAUGAAAAAUACGGCCUGUGUUUAGGAUAAAUCAAUAAAGCUCUGAGCCGCUUUGUAGUUUUCUUGAUGGAUUACAGGUGGAGGUGUAUGUGCAGUCAGUGGACACAGCAGCCAAUACACGCAGGGUUAUUUGCAUCCCCAAAAUGAAAAUGAAAAGAUUUUAUUGGCGUAAAAAUGUAAAAAAAAAAAAAAAAGACAAAGGAAAAAAAAAGACAAAGUCAAAUAUUUCCCUAAUUUGAUUUCUGUUUUGUUCCAGAUUAACAUGAGGUGUACAUUUUUGCUUUGCCUUUCAUUUUUUGGUAAAAUUCAAUUUUAAGAAGUAUAAGGAAUAUUUAGUCUUAUAAUGUGAUGAAAAACACAUUCAUGUUACAACCGAAAUAACGUUCCAUUGUAUAAUCAGGUAAAUGCACAUUUUGUUGCUGCUUCAAAUUGUAAGUGUAUUUGUUAAAAAAAAAAAGAAUAAGUGCGGCAGUUACGACCUGCUUUUCUGGAUUUCUCUUUUUUUAUUGUUAUUAUUUUGACUUUUGACUUGUUUUUGUUUGAUCUGAGCAUUAAAAAAAAAAGAAUCUGGUCUAA